AUGGUGGGAAAAGUGAGCGAGCGUGUGCUUGCCAGGGAAGGGCUGGAACGCACCGACAAUGGCAUGAGGCAAACAAGCUGGCCUGAGGUGCAGCCCAUUAACCAAAAGAACUAUUAUACUGAUUAUAUGAAGCGCGAUGAUCAGAUCCUGUCGCUGCGCCUCCAGAACGAGGCCAACCGGGAACGACUUGUUAAGACGGCUCAAGACCGUGAUCGCGCCCUCAACACUAACACGAAUGGCGAAGUUCCGCUGCCACUUGACGAGCUCCAGGAGGAUGCUCCCCCGGCGCCAUCGGCAGCCAUGGACCCCUCUAAGAUUAUCGUCAUCCAUCCAGGCAGCCAAAACUUACGCAUCGGUUUUGCCAGCGACGCCCUGCCGAAGACCAUCCCUAUGGUCCUCGGUACCCAGUAUUCCCAGACUGAGUCUGAGAUGCACGAAGCCCUGCCACGACGGCAAUUUGAAGGUCGUACAAUGGAGCAGCAGUAUGGGGAAGAAUGGGUCAAGAAAUACCAGAAGAUGUGUAGUGACCUAAAAGUCACAAUGCGUGCCAACAAGCUGAAGGUGCUGCCCAACUCCAAGGAUCUCGUGGUCAACUUCAACCGCCGCACCGAGCCCGAGAUUAUUUCUCAGCACAACGAUCCGCUGCAGGUCGAGUGGACGAACGUCAACAAGGCCCCCGAAGAUGGGACAACCCAGAAGGUCUUCAUCGGGCAGCAGGCUCUCCGAAUUGCGGAGGACUCGAGCCCAAAGUAUAAACUUUGGUGGCCAAUCCAGCAUGGCUGGUUGAACGAGGAUGACUAUCCCACCAGGGCACAUCUGUUUGACGACCUCGAAAUGCUGCUUGACCGUGCUCUUCGGCGGGAGCUGGGUUUGACGAAGAAGGCAGACUGGAAACAGUACAGCUGCGUUAUCGUCAUUCCAGAUCUGUACGACAAGCGCUACGUCGAGCUUCUCCUUCAUCUCUGCAUCGAAUUCUUCGAUUUGUCACGGGUCGCAUUUAUCCAAGAGAGUAUGGCGGCUACCUUUGGCGCCGGCUAUACCCAGGCUUGUGUGGUCGACGUUGGAGCACAGAAAACCUCCAUCUCAUGUGUGGAGGAUGGCCUUGUCAUUGAAGACUCGAGGGUUAACCUCAAGUAUGGUGGCUACGACGUCACCGAGACCUUUAUCAAGAUGAUGCUCUAUGACAACUUCCCAUACCAAGACAUCAACCUCCGCAGACGACAUGACUUCUUGCUGGCAGAAGAGCUGAAGAUGAAGUACUGUACCCUUUCUCAGGCCAACAUCUCGGUACAGGCCUUCGACUUCCACUUGCGCGCUCCGAAUCAGCCAACGCGCAAGUACCAGUUUAAGUUUUAUGAUGAGGUCAUCCUCGCCCCGAUGGGAUUCUAUGACCCAUCUAUCUUCGACAACUCUACGAAGCUGCGUGGUCGGCGAAAGUUGAUUGACCGCUCAUACAAUGCCUAUGACGUUGACAUGCCCGACGACCCAACCUCAUCGGCACAAUUAGCCAUCCUCGCUAUGGUCCAGCCGUCUCUGGCUGCUCCAACAGCAACAGCCAGCUUCAACGGCGACCCAACCGCCACCCCCAGCAAAGAGCGCACUCAGCCUUUCAACUUUCUCUCCCGACCUGAUGCUACUGGCACGCCUGGCACGUCAAAAGCCCCAUCUCCUGCACCAGACGGCGCCAGCACGCCCGUUCCAGGCCCGUAUAUCUUUGGCGCUUCCUCUCGCGAAGCCAAUGGGGGCAGCCCAGCGCCCAGCGGUCGCAACGGCGGCACGCCAGCCCCAGCUAACGGCACGACCGUGCUCCCAGCCACGUCCUUUGAUAACCCGACCUCGCAACAGCCCCAGCAGCGAAGCGCCAAGGAAAUCGCUGCCGAACGGGACGCCGUACUGCCCAUCGCCCCCCUAGACGUGGCCAUCCUGACCAGCAUCCAACAUGCAGCUAAGGGCGACGAGAAGAAGGUGCGCGAGCUGGUCGGCAGCAUCAUGGUUGUGGGCGGCGGGGCCAAGAUCCCGCACUUUGCGCCGUUCCUGGAGGAAAAAUUGAAGAUACGACGUCCCGACUUGGCUGACCGCAUCCUGGUCAGCCGCAGUGCGCGCGAGAUGGACGAGCAAGUUGUCGUGUGGAAGGGGGCGAGCGUGUUUGCGAAGUUGUCAACCAAUGAUUCUUGGGUGACAAACUAUGAAUAUAAAAUGCUGGGCUCGAGAUGCAUCUACAUGAAGCUUUUAUGGCACUAUUAA